AUGAGUCAAAGCACAUCAUUUCAGCGAGGAACUUCCUUAGUGAAUGAUUUUAAACGAUUAAUCAAUGAUGAACGAUUUUUUGACAUUACUUUAAAAUGUUCGGAUGAAAAGAAAUUAAAUGCAUGUAAAGCUAUUUUAGCAACUCGUUCCGACGUUUUCAGCGCUCUUAUUUUCACCAAAUCAGGAAGUGAAAAUGAACUUUUAUUUAAGAAUAUUAAUUCAAAUGCUAUGAAAGUAAUUUUAGAAUAUUUGUAUACCUCCAAGGUUGAAGAGAAAAACUUAACGAUUAGUAAUGUCGUGGAAGUUUAUUAUGCUUCAAUUCAAUUUAAGUUAAACGUACUUCAGCAAAAUAUUAUUGAACGUACCAAGAAGUUUUUGAAAGAUGGAUCAAAUGUUUCCAAGAACCUCUUAUCGCAAUUCGUCAAGAAAUUCACCUCAAGGGUGGAUAAUGAAAUGUCUCAGAUUUUGAUUAAUUGGGUAUCCAAGAAUAGAUUGGAAAGUUUUGAAAAUGAUGAAAAUGAUCCGCUAUCAUUGGAAGGGUUGAAGUAUCUUUUAAUGCGGACUCUUGAUACCAAAAUACCGUUUGCUACUACAGAGUUUGAUAUUUGGAAAUAUGCUUUAAAAAAAGUGAUAAAUACUGCUACAAAUAAUAAAAAAACUGAACUUUCAAAUUGUAGUGCCGAUGAAAUUGAGAAAGUGAAGAUGCAUUUAACACCAUUUACCAUUUAUAUUGAUUUAAAACGAAUGGAUGCAAAAGAAAUUUUUAACCACGUUGAACCUAUAAAUAUUUUUUCAAUUGAAAAAAUCAAGAAUAUUUAUCGUUCCAAAGCAAGUGAUGAUGAAUUACCAAAUAUUCGUGGAAUACCUGUUUUUAAAUGGAAAUAUCGAUUAUUCGAAAAGCAAUUGAUUGUUUCUAAUGAUGAAUCUACUAUUGAGAUGAAACCCAAUUAUUCAAAACAAAAAUCUGUACAUAAAUCAAUAUUGGGAGAUAUGAUUUUUAAAAAUCUUGGAAAAUAUGAAUGGAAUAUUGUAAUUGAAAAAUUGGGUGGAAUAGUUUAUAUUGGCGUAUGUGGUGAUGAGUGUUUAAGUACAACCGAGCAAAAUUACCAUGGGUGGGUUCUUGGAUCUGAUGGUUAUGUUUAUCGUAAAAAUGAAUGGAAAUGGUAUGAUGCAAAGAUGAAAGUAUGGGAUAAGGUUACUAUUCAUUUGGAAAUAAGCACAGUUGAUAAAAGGAGAAAAUGCGAAUGUUCAUUUUCUAUCAAUGGGAUUAAAAAGCCUGUAGUUUCCGGAUAUGGAUGGGAUGAUAUUCCUUCCCAAGUUUAUCCUGUUGUUUCUUUAGGUUGUGGUAGUAAAUUGCGUAUAGAACCUGUUUCAUCAGUGUGA